CGUGCAGUCUGCAUUAAUUUUUGUCGAGAGUCUCUACGACUCAGAAUUGAACUGUCCACAUCGAGCGUCAUCACUUUUUUGUUUAUUUGUUUGUUUUGUUUUGUUUUGUUUUGUUUCCUCCCUUUGAUUUACACCAUUUGUUAAACAGUGUACAACACGGUUUUUUUGUAUUAUUUUUAUUUCUGUAAAUACACCGGAAUGGAACUUAAUUCUCUUCUACUUCUUCUUGAGGCAGCAGAGUAUUUGGAAAGAAGAGACAGAGAAGCUGAACACGGUUACGCAUCUGUUUUGCCGUACGAUAGCGACUUUUCCAGAAAGAAAACUAAAUUCUCUCCUAUUUCAAGAAAAACCCACAACAACAGGUCAUCACACAAUGAGUUGGAAAAACACAGACGUGCCAAACUGCGAUUGUACCUGGAACAGUUGAAACAGCUUGUGCCUUUGGGUCCUGAUAGCACCCGUCACACCACACUGAGCCUGCUCAAACGCGCCAAAAUGCACAUCAAGAAGCUGGAGGAACAGGACAGGAAGGCUCUAAACAUGAAGGAGCAACUGCAGAGAGAACAUCGCUACCUCAAACGGCGCCUGGAGCAGCUCUCUGUACAGGGCUUAGAGCGCAUUCGCACUGACAGCAUGGGCUCCACCAUCUCCACUGACUCUGAGCAAGAAAUGGACGUUGACAUAGAGGGCAUGGAGUUCACACCAGGUGAGGGUGAUAGCGUGGACAGUGUUAGCGAUGGUGAGGACCACUACAGCCUGCAGAGCAGCUCCAGCGAUGGAGGCCACGAUUCACAUUCCCACAGAUUACAGGCUCACAUCUGCUAGGCCGUGUCAGACCGCAACAGUGUGUCACCUCCAACAUACCCAUCAGCCACUCCCAGCUGGCAGGAAGCACCUGGCUGAUUUCCACUCCUCAGAAAACUCUCUCCCCUCUCAACCCUCCCUAACCCCACAAAUACACACAGACAAGCAAUAUGUGGUUUUAGUAAGAAUAUGUGGUGUGGUAAUGCAGUUUUAACUUGUCUGUUCUGCUGUGUAUGUAUGAGAAACCAUGGCUCUGUUCCAAAACCUAGUAACUGCCUAGCUGUCUAUCGCCUACAUAAACGUAGUAUCCGAACUGAAAAGGAACAAAUAAACUCUACAUAGGCUCGCUUAUGUGUACAAGGCAGCAUGGGUUUCCUGUGUACUUUUUGGCUGCGUUUACACUUGCAAAAAAUCCAAUUUUUUUAUUAACUCACAUCUCAGAUAUUGUCGCACGUGUAUAAA